UAUUUGAAAAUAUAUACAUAAUAUUUAUUAUCAAUUAAUAAUAACCACAACAACAACAACACCGCCGAAGAGAUAUGUCUAAAAUGACACUCGAGUUGGGAAUCGAUGUCUCGACCCUUCCGACCGAUAUUCGGGAAAAGUUGGCCGAAUUGGAGCUCGAAUUGUCCGAAGCGGCGAUCGUUGAGAGAUUGCCACCAAAUGCGAGCACAGCGUCGAAGCCUGUGCUGAAGGUGUCGAAGGCUAAGGGCAGGGAUAAUAGCGAUCACCAUAAGCGUCAACAUCUGGGCCACAUCUGGUCCACAUCUUCAGGCAUUCCCAUUCAUGUAUGGCAGGCAUUAAUGGCCAACAGUGGUAGUAAUGGGAAGCAGUCAUCACAUGUGACCCUUUCUGGUGGUGGCUGUGGUGGUGACGACACCUCCACCGACACCUCUUCGGCGGAAGUGUUGUCAUCGCUUCGUUCGUCAUCUGAUUUGGACGACACGACUUCAUCAGAGGAAGACGUCUUUAUGCUGAGAGGCGAUAUCACGCAAAAGGGAUACGAGAAGAAAAAGUCCCGAUUAUUGGCCCCGUAUGUGACAGUCAGUCAUCAAUCAGGCGAUAUCACGCAAAAGGGAUACGAGAAGAAAAAGUCCCGAUUAUUGGCCCCGUAUGUGACAGUCAGUCAUCAAUCAGAGGUGAGACAAGAGGCGGUACAGCAAGCGUUGGCUGCUAUGCAAAAGAAACCCAAGCCAUCGAUGCCGAUGCCGUCGAAACGGACGUCAGUGAUGGCCACUUCGCCCAUUCGGGACCACAAACAACGGGUGACCGACUCGUCCAGCGAUGACGACAGUAUACUCAACGACAGCAGUAGCACAACACCCGAACACGACCGCAACGACCGCAACAGCUCUUCGCAGCGACCCUUCCAAUCGGUGGAGUCGUCCGACACGUCCAACACGUCGUCGCCGGCGCACGACAUACACCUUCCGCCGCCGCCGAGGAUUAUCGGCGUUCAGGAACACCACAAUAACAGCGGCAGUCAUAAUAGUAACGGCAACGGCGCCUACAAUAUCAGUCAUAAUCAGCACCGACAGCACCACCGGCACGAUCGCCAUCACCACCAGCAACAGCUACAGCAACAGCAACAACAACAGCAACACCAACACCGCCAUCAACAGCAACGCACCAAACAUCAGUCAUCACAGCCACCGUUACCUCCACACCAACAGCAGAUACUUAAGCAACAGCUGAUGAAUUCGCGGCUCAGCGCUCAGUUGAACUCCCAGAUCAGUUCCCAACAGGUGGUGAAUUCCGGGAUCAGUUCCGGCGGUGAUCGGGGCUCCACUCCGCUGCCAGCCGUACCGCCGACCCCCAGUCCCGCCCCUCCACCACCCGUGGCUGCUGUCAACGGUAGCGCCGCACUCAACGAAUACGCCAAUAAUAACGUACCGCCCAGUCGUCCCGAACGGAUCAGUUCCCGAUCGACCACAACCGACAGCGGUAUUGUCAAUCUGGCGGAUGUGAUGCAGAAUCUGACGCCAUCGAUGACAUACAACGCCCAGCCAGACGUCACGUCCAAUGCACAGUUGCACAGAGAUAGCAGGGAUAGGGACUCACUAUCGGGACUCGACACGUACAGCACCGGUACGGGCACCGGACGAUGGAAAGUAUCCGCAAAGAUUCAGCAACUGUUAAACACAUUGAAACGCCCGAAACGGCGACCACUGCCCGACUUUUACAUCGACGACGAAACCGAUCUGGAGAUAGCGGCCAAUCAGUUGGACCCGACUUCGCCCAAACCCGAAGGCAGCACAAUGUUGCCGUCCAUUGGCGAACAGCUGAUGGUGCCGGCGGGUCUGCCCAAGACGUUGGAGGCGGCGCUUCAUCGAUACGGUUCGGCCACUUUCAAAGCGCCCGCCGCCACAGUAUUGGACACCAAUAGCAAAAUGAGUCCACCCCUGACUUACGGCAAACUGUUGUCCCGAUCGCGCAAAAUAGCCUACAAUUUGCUGAACAAAAUCGGCCAAAAAGGCGAACUCAGUAUCAAACCGGGCGAUCGCGUGGCGCUGGUCUUCCCCAACAACGACCCGAUCGGCUUCAUGUGCGCCUAUUAUGGCUGUCUGACCGCUGGUGUGGUUCCCGUUCCCAUUGAGGUGCCGCUGACCCGUCGGGACGCCGGCUCACAACAGAUAGGCUUCCUGUUGGGCAGCUGUAACGUGGCGUUCGCGUUGACCUCCGAGGCGUGCAAUAAGGGUUUCCCCAAAACGGCGACCGGAGAGAUACACACGUUCAAGGGUUGGCCGAAGCUGUCGUGGCUCAUCAUCGACACACUCGGCAAACCGCCUAAAGACUGGUCGCCGCCGUCGAGGAUAUCCGAAGAGGCGGCCGCUUAUAUCGAGUACACCGUCGAUAGGGACGGCUCGAUGAAAGGUGUGUCCGUAUCGCGCAAUGCCAUGAUAUCUCACUGCCGGGCCCUCACCGGCGCCUGUAAUUACACGGAGGGAGAGAUAAUGCUGUGUGUAUUGGACUUUAAACGCGAGGUGGGUUUGUGGCACUCCAUACUGUGCAGCGUAUUGAACGGAAUGCACGUCAUAUUCAUCCCAUACGCGCUCAUGAAGAUCAACCCGGCCUCUUGGAUGCUCGUCAUCACCAAAUUCAAGGCCUCAGUCGCCAUCUGUAAGUCCCGAGACCUUCAUUGGGGUCUUCUCGCCACCAAAGACCACAAAGACGUCAAUUUGAGUUCUUUGCGUAUGCUUUUGGUGGCCGACGGCUCCAACCCCUGGUCCCUCUCGUCGUGCGACCAGUUUUUGAAUGUGUUUCACAGCCGCGGCCUUCGCGUAGAGGCCAUGUGUCCGUGCGCUGUGUCCGCCGAAGCGCUCACUAUAUCUGUCAGACGACCCGGAAGGACUGGAAUCGGUUCAACGGGAAGGGGAGUGCUGUCGAUGUCGGCCCUCAGUUAUGGUGUCAUUCGCGUGGAUCAGGAAAACAGUUUAACGUCAUUAACAUUACAAGACUGCGGACAUGUCUUACCGGGAGCGAUCGCAGCGGUGGUGAAGAUAAACGGCGCGCCUAUACUCUGCAAAACGGAUGAAGUGGGAGAGAUCUGUCUGAGCACAGCGGCCGCCGGUUCCUGCUAUUGGGGCCUUCAGGGGCUGACGAACAGCAUAUUCCGUAUGCAACCGCUCAACAACGACGGCCGACCCUUCAGCGAACAGACCUUUGUCCGCACGGGUCUACUCGGCUUCAUGGGUCCCGGGGCUCUGGUCUUCGUGUGCGGCACUCGCGAUGGUGUGAUGAAUGUGAGCGCCCGUAAGCACAACACCGACGACCUGAUCGCUACGGUGUUGGCCGUCGAGCCCAUGAAGUUUGUCUAUAGGGGACGGAUAGCCAUAUUCGCCAUACGAGUGCUGCGGGACGAGAGGAUAUGCGUGAUCGCCGAACAGAGGCCCGACUGUACCGAAGAGGAGUCAUUCCAGUGGAUGAGUCGAGUGCUACAAGCGGUCGACUCAAUACAUCAGGUGGGCAUCUAUUGUCUGGCACUCGUGCCGCCCAACUGUUUGCCCAAAACACCGCUCGGAGGCAUACAUCUGUCCGAAGUGAAGCGCCGCUAUCUGGACGGCGCCCUCCAUCCGGCCAACGUCCUCAUGUCACUCCCCUUCCCGAAUUCUUUGGCCACAAUAACAGCGAUCGCAGCGGUGGUGAAGAUAAACGGCGCGCCUAUACUCUGCAAAACGGAUGAAGUGGGAGAGAUCUGUCUGAGCACAGCGGCCGCCGGUUCCUGCUAUUGGGGUCUUCAGGGGCUGACGAACAACAUAUUCCGUAUGCAACCGCUCAACAACGACGGCCGACCCUUCAGCGAACAGACCUUUGUCCGCACGGGUCUACUCGGCUUCAUGGGUCCGGGGGCUCUGGUCUUCGUCUGCGGCACUCGCGAUGGUGUGAUGAAUGUGAGCGCCCGUAAGCACAACACCGACGACCUCAUCGCUACGGUGUUGGCCGUCGAGCCCAUGAAGUUUGUCUAUAGGGGACGGAUAGCCAUAUUCGCCAUACGAGUGCUGAGGGACGAGAGGAUAUGCGUGAUCGCCGAACAGAGGCCCGACUGUACCGAAGAGGAGUCGUUCCAGUGGAUGAGUCGAGUGCUACAAGCGGUCGACUCAAUACAUCAGGUGGGCAUCUAUUGUCUGGCACUCGUGCCGCCCAACUGUUUGCCUAAAACACCGCUCGGAGGCAUACAUCUGUCCGAAGUGAAGCGCCGCUAUCUGGACGGCGCCCUCCAUCCGGCCAACGUCCUCAUGUGUCCGCACACGUGUGUCACAAACCUACCCAAACCGCGCGAAGUGCACACCGAGAUCGGUCCCGCGUCCGUAAUGGUGGGCAACAUUGUUCAGGGCGUACGACUGGCCAUCGCUCAGGGCCGUGACGUGGGCUCCAUCGACGAGGACACCGACACCACACGCAAGUAUCAGUUCAUAUCGGAGAUACUGAAAUGGCGAGCGACCACUUCGCCCGACCAUAACAUCUAUACACUGCUCAACUCGAAAGGCGGCGAAACGCAGACCAUGUCGUGCUCGCAGCUCCACAAACGGGCCGAACGCGUGGCCUGUCUUCUCCUGGAGAGGGGAAAGUUGAAUACCGGCGAUCACGUGGCGCUCAUCUACUCGCCCGGCGUGGACCUGAUCUGCGCCUUCUACGGGUGUCUGUUCAUCGGCGUAGUGCCGGUCACCAUAAGGCCGCCGCACCCGCAGAACCUGCAGACAACACUGCCCACCGUUCGCAUGAUUGUGGACGUGUCAAAGUCGGUGCUCAUACUGUCCACCGGACCCGUCAUCAAACUGCUCAAAUCAAAAGAGGCCGGCAAUGUGGUCGACAUCAAGUCGUGGCCGCAAACCAUCGACACCGACGACUUGCCGAAGAAGAAGUUGACGAGCAUUUAUAGGGCGCCGACGCCCGAAAUGAUCGCUUACCUCGACUUCAGUGUCUCGACGACGGGAAUGUUGGCCGGCAUUAAGGUGUCUCACGCGGCGGCCGCCUCCCUGUGCCGCAGCAUGAAGUUGGCGUGUGAGCUCUACCCCUCGCGUCACAUCGCCCUCUGUCUCGACCCGUACUCAGCGCUCGGGUUCGUCCUCUGGUGUCUCAAUAGUGUAUAUUCUGGUCAUCACUCGAUUCUGAUUCCGCCGUCGGAAGUGGAGCUCAACCCCAGCCUAUGGUUGAGUGUUGUCUCGCAAUACAAAGUGAGGGACACUUUCUGCUCGUACGGCGUUAUGGAGUUGUGUACCAAAGGGUUGGGCUCUUCCGUACAGCAGAUGAAGCAACGGGGAGUAAACUUGAGUUGUGUCCGCACGUGUGUUGUGGUGGCGGAGGAGAGGCCGCGGGUGGCGCUCACCAACUCGUUCUCCAAACUCUUUCAAAGUCUAGGUCUGUCGGCCCGCGCGGUGAGCACGUCGUUCGGGUGCCGCGUGAACGUCGCCCUCUGUCUGCAGGGGGCCGCCAGUCCCGACCCGACCACUGUAUACGUGGACACUCGGGCCCUACGCAACGACAGGGUAACACUGGUAGAGCGCGGGGCGCCGCACAGCCUCUGUCUCACGGAGUCCGGCAAACUGUUGCCUGGAGUCAAAGUGGUGAUCGCCAACCCCGAGACCAGAGGCCACUGCGGCGACUCCAAUCUGGGAGAGGUUUGGGUCCAAUCGCAGCACAAUUCAAGCGGUUAUUUCACAAUAUAUGGCGACGACUCUCUACAUAACGACCACUUUAACGCCCGACUCAUUACCGGUGACGCCACUCAGACGUACGCCAGAACUGGUUAUUUGGGUUUCUUGAGGCGAACCGAAUCGGUUCAGGCGGACGGAGAACUACACGACGCCAUCUUCAUAGUGGGCUCUUUGGACGAAACGAUUACAUUGAGAGGUCUUCGUUACCAUCCCAUAGACAUUGAGAACAGUGUUAUGCGAUCUCAUAAGAAAAUUUCCGAAUCAGCUGUGUUCACGUGGACUAACCUCCUGGUAGUGGUGGUCGAGUUGGACGGCAAUGAGAACGAAGCGUUAGAUUUGGUUCCUUUAGUAACUAAUGUAGUCUUAGAAGAACACCACCUGAUAGUAGGCGUUGUAGUAGUGGUCGAUCCGGGAGUGGUUCCCAUUAACUCCAGAGGAGAGAAACAACGAAUGCAUUUGCGCGACGGUUUCCUCGCAGAAGCGUCUGGUUAA